AUGCGAACCGAAGAUGAAAAAUUCAACGCUCUGCUCGGACGACUACGUCGAGGCGGAUGCACAGAUACAGAUUAUGAAUUACUACAAACUCGUGUCGUUGGUGGCGGUGAAGUUGAAUCAUUAAACUUGAUCGACUGGAAACAAGCACCAAUGUUAGUUUUCCGCAACGAGUUACUAACGCUGCUAAAUAACCUUGCUGUAGCUUCCCGAUCAUUAGAAACCAACGAAGCCGUAUUUCGUCUAGGAAUGCCGGUGUUAUUGACUGAUAACAUAGCAACAGAGCUCGGUUUAUCAAAUGGAUCAUCUGGAACAUUUCACUCACUUGUUUAUACAGAACCAACAGAUGAUGAAGACAAAACAAUCAACGAAACGCAAUCAUCAUCAUCAGUAGACCCAGCACAACCGAAGCGAUUUCCUCCAAAUACCGUCACUCUGAAAUAUCCAUCAUAUGCUCUGAUUGAAAUCCAAAAAUCGAAAAUAAAAUCAGAUCUUGAACGAUUAUCUGAGAAAUUAGUUCCUAUACCAACCAUUAAAAAAACAUUUGAAGUCGAUGUGAAAGACUUAUUAUCACCUUCACAAGUAAAGAAGGCUGGCAAUAAAACAAAAAUUAAAGUAACUAGGCAACAGCUUCCAUUCGUUCCUGCUUACUCUCUCACAACUCAUAAAAGCCAGGGACAAACAAUCCCAAAAAUUGUGAUUGAUUUAGUACUGGCACCAGGAACGAG